AUGCCUGUCUUGUGGAAGCCUCUCCUCCGUUCCACCUCUCCGUCUUUGUUAGUUCGUGCUGCUCACUGGCUGGGCCGCAGGGAGGCGGCGACAGGCGGCGUAGAAGUGCCAGGGCUUGACGGGCCUCAGCAGAAGGGGAGGGGAAGGGGCGGACUCCGUUUGGCGUGUCGAUCGGGCGUGACUCCGCCUUGGGGCGUGAACUCGAUGACGUCGCCGUCGCUGGACGCGGGCGAACAGAGCGCGCUCUCCGCCGCGAACGGGCUGGGGGCGGCGGUGGCGUGCCUGCACGACGACAGCGUGGACAGGCAGAGCAGUGACAGCGCCGCCCGGGUCGACUACCAGCAGCUGAUGGAGUCCCACCGGCGGCGCGCGGCGGUCAUGGCGGAGUACCGGCUCAUGGUGGAGCGGCGGCGGCGGCAGGGCGGGCAGCCGCCCGCCGAGCUCGAGGGGGCGGCGCAGGCCGCCGGCAGUGCCCUGAGCGCGCGCUGCAGCGUGAACGCGAUGCCGGCGUCGGAGAGGCACACCCCCAAGGCGGCGUCCCCCGCCGCCGCCGCUGUGUCUCUCACCUUAUCGACGACGACGACGACGACGACGACAGUUGCAGCGGCCAGCGUGCCCUCGCGCCCCCGCAAGAAUUCCUGCAGUUGGUCACGGCCGCGGGGGGCGCUUACGGGCAGCACCGUAAGCUCCGCAGCGAAGCAGCGCCCAAAAGUAAACUCCGCGCCAAACACCCCGCGGGGGCGGCGACAGAGUCUUCUGCGGCAGAGCGGAUCAGGUGGCCUCGCCGACAGCAGUCUGUCGCCGUACUCGACGCCGCCGCGCUCCCCGCACGGGACGUCGCGGGUCCUGCACCCCACACAACUUGCGUGCCGCCACGAGCCGGCAGGGGCGGGCGAACUCCGCUUGACCGCAACCCCACCGCUUCGGUCGCCGAGGGAGCCGUUCGCCGACGCGGCCGCCGGCAGCGUGAGUCCCCCCGUGCCGCAGCAGGAGCCCGCAUCCCACGACACGAAGGCCGAGGGCGAUGACGGCGCGAAGGCGGUGGGGGAGAGGUUUCCCACGAGUCAACACGGUGGCCCCGCGUAUAUUUUUGUCUCGCCCUCACCGUCGUCUGUGUCCGCGACGCCGCACUGCCCCGACGCCACCACGCUGGAGAUUGAGACCGAGGAGGACAAGCACCUGCUGCAACAGCAGCGGGGGCCGAAUACGGAGGCCUCUUCCGUGCACAAAACGAGGACUGCUUCUGGAAAAUUCGUAGAAGGUAGCGCACCACCGUCGCAGCAAUCACAACGGCGUCAGGCACCGGCACUAGAGCUGGUGGCCGUGGGCGACGAGGAGUUGCCCUCCUCUGUGAUCUCCGACUCCUCUCACUCCAUCACCGAAAUGACACCGAUGCUCAAGCGCUUUGGUCGUCAGGCGGAGGAAAACGUGUCCGAGUGUAGGCGAGCCGUGGAAGCUUCGGCCCAAUCGGUGGUGCAGCCGCAGCAGCAGCAGCAGCAGCAGCAGCAGCAGCAGCAGCGGCAGCCCACCGCACCGGCGAGCCCCCCAGAUGACGUGGCUGAGGACCCACACGUGCAUGCGGCAGAUGACCAAGGAAGGAUGACGGAACCGAUGCGUUUUGCGCAAACUGCGGCACACGAGAUGCCGCUGCGGGGGGCAGCCGGUGUAUCUUCGGGGCGUGGCAGUGGCUUGACGGUCGACGACAAAGCCGCAUGCAUAGCUACCGUGGCUGCUGUACUGCAAGGAAUUCUCGUUCAGACCCGCCGCGUGCUUCCGUGCUACUACUGUGGUGAGGCGCAGUCACUCUCCGCAUAUCGUCUGCACUUGGACUUCUGUAAGACUCGCACAGAGGCCCUUUACGCCCGCUACGGGCUUAAUCCGCUGCGUUUCAUCAUGAGUGUGCCUGUACUCCCCAUUCCGGCGUUCAUGGCCUCGGAUGCGGAGAAAAGCGCGUUUGCCAAGGCUUGCUACCGGAGCGUGAAAGAGUCCAUUGUGCCGUGCCCGGGCUGCAACAUGUCCUUUCGCAUUCACGAUUUCCCAGAGCAUCAAGGCGUGUGCAUCGGCAGCGCCACCAGCCGCAGCCGUGGCAGUCUGCGCGCAAGCCAGAAGAGGUGA